AUGACUGGAAUCAAGAGCUCUGUUCUCCACCGGGAUACCCGUUUUAUCCCCACCAAGGCUGUUGGAGGCAAGGGCAGCUAUAUCUUUUUGGAAGAUGGGACCAAGUUUCUUGACUCAACGGGUGGUGCUGCGGUGUCAUGUCUAGGACAUGGGAACGAGCAAGUCCUGGACAUCAUCAGACAACAGAUGGAUCAAUUGAGCUACUGCCAUUCCGCAUUCUUCGGGACCCAGGUUUCUGAAGAUCUUGCCCAACUCCUGGUGGACUCUACAGGCGGAAAGCUUUCGAAGCUUUUCGUUGUGAGCUCAGGAUCUGAGGCCGUUGAGGCGGCUCUGAAGUUGGCACGCCAAUAUUUCCUAGAACUUCCUACCCCUCAGCCUGAGCGUUAUCGCUUCAUAGGUCGUCUUCCCUCGUACCACGGCACUACCUUGGGUGCUUUGUCUGCUGGUGGCCAUGUGCAACGCCGGGAGCCAUUUGAACCUUUGCUUUCGAAAAACACAUCACACGUUUCACCUUGCUAUGCCUAUCGAGGCAAGUUGGAUGGGGAGUCCGAUGCAGAUUACGUGAACCGCCUUGCUGCUGAGCUUGAUGCCGAGUUCCAGCGAGUUGGCCCUGAGACCGUCUGUGCAUUCAUUGCAGAACCUGUUGUCGGCGCGGCACUUGGCUGCGUUCCAGCCGUACCGGGAUACUUCCCCGCAAUGAAAGCCGUCUGCGAGAAAUACGGUGCUCUUUUCAUUCUUGAUGAGAUCAUGAGCGGUAUGGGCCGCUGCGGAACGCUCCACGCAUGGGAGCAAGAAGAUGUCGUACCCGACAUUCAGACCAUCGGUAAAGGAUUGGGUGGUGGCUAUGCCCCUGUCUCCGGUCUCCUGAUUGGUGAUUCAGUUGUCCAGACUAUGGACAAGGGCACUGGUGUGUUCCGACACGGACAGACGUACCAGGGCCACCCUAUCUCAUGUGCUGCUGCGUUUGCUGUACAAAAGACGAUUCAAGAACAGUCUCUUUUGGAAAACGUCAGAACCAUGGGAGCCUACCUUGAGUCAGAAUUAAGAAAGAAAUUCGAGGAUCACCCUCAUGUGGGUGAUAUUCGUGGAAAGGGCCUGUUCUGGGGGCUCGAAUUCGUCAAAGAUAAAGCCACCAAGGAGCCAUUUGAUCCGAAGGAUCGUCUUUCUUUCCUGAUUCAGGAAAAAGGGCUGGAGCCCAAACACAGUGUUUCGCUGUACGGCAGCUCGGGCACUGUGGAUGGAAUCAGAGGGGAUCAUUUGGUGCUCGCGCCACCAUAUAUUGUUUCCAAGGAAGAGAUCGACAUUCUCGUCAAUACGCUGUCUAACGUUCUGGAGGAAAUCUUUGCUACUUUUUAG